CCCCAGCAUGUUAUACAGUACGAGCCGCAUGUUCAUCACAAGUGCUGCUUGCACUCCGACAACCACCUAACAUCCACUGCACCGUCUGCAGGACAAAAACCAUCCCGCUCCGCGCACACACUCGGAUUUCCAACUAAACAAAACAGCAAAACAAAACCGGGGACGUUUUCUUCAGCACGCCAGCAGCGUUGGAGAUCCGCAGUGCUCCUCCGACGUUUGGCCGACAUGCUGGGGAUCUGUGUGUGCCUUUGUGCGGUUUUCACGCAUGUCCUCUCUCAGGAGGCUGAGGAACCCAUCUCCUACACGUGCACAGAAGGGUAUGAGUAUGACCGAGUCAGAGAGCAGUGCAGAGAUAUUGACGAGUGUGCUUUGUUGAGUGAUGCCUGCAAAGGAGGGAUGCAGUGUAUCAACCACUUUGGGGGAUACCUCUGCCUCCCAAAGAGCGCCGUCAUCUAUAUCAGUAAGGACGGCGAGCAGGUGCCGCUGCCGGACCCCGUCCCCCCUGUCCCACCGAGCCAGCCUCAGUUCACACAGGUGUUUCCUGGCCAGAGAGUCCCCCAGACCGGCCGGACCAUCCGCUGUGCACCCGGAUUCACUGCAGAUGAGCAGAACCUCUGCAGAGACAUAGAUGAGUGUGCGACAGGUCGACACACUUGCGGGCCUGAACAGAUGUGCUAUAACACCAGAGGCUCCUAUACCUGCCAGUGUCCUACAGGCUACCAGAGGAACGGAGACCACUGUGUAGACAGAGACGAGUGUGCCAUGACCCACUACUGCAUGCACAGAUGUGUGAACACCCAGGGCUCGUACUACUGUGAGUGCAACACGGGUCACAAGUUGGCUAGCAACAACCACAGCUGUGUUGAUGUGAAUGAGUGUGACGUGCAGAGUCCCUGUCAGCACCACUGCUAUAACCUGAUUGGCUCUUUCCUCUGCCAGUGUGAUCAGGGCUACGAGCUGGCGCAAGACAUGGUCUCCUGCCAAGAUGUUGAUGAAUGCAGCUUCUCCAGCUACAUGUGUCAGUACCAGUGUAUUAACAGCCCAGGAAGUUACUCCUGCGAGUGUCCAGAUGGAUAUCAGCUCCAGGGAAACAGGUUGUGUCAAGACAUAAAUGAAUGUGAGACGGGGACCCAUAACUGCCAAGAUGAUGAAAUGUGCUGGAACUAUUACGGAGGCUUCCGCUGCUAUCCCAGAAACCCCUGCGAGGGGCCUUAUACCAAAACCUCUGAAAAUCGCUGUAUCUGCCGUUCUCAGGCUGAGUGCCAGGGUCUCCCACCAUCAAUUGUCUAUAAAUACAUGAGCAUCCAGGCAGACCGGACUGUGCCAGCGGACAUUUUCCAGAUUCAGGCCACCAACAUCUACGCCAACACACACAACACCUUCAGGAUCAAAGCUGGGAAUGAGGGAGGAGAGUUUUUCCUGCGGCGUUCCAGCAAUGUGAGUGCCAUGCUGGUGCUAACCAAGCCUCUGUCAGGCCCCAAGGAGUACGUUGUGGACCUGGAGAUGAUCACUCACCAUCUGACCAUGAACUACCGCUCCAGCUCACUGCUGCGGCUCACCAUCAUAGUUGGGCCCUACGCUUUCUGAGCACCGCAAUUCCCAGCAGCCCACAUAAGUCUGGUUCAGCAAACAUAGCAGCGUAGCACAGCAGAUGCCUGUAUCAGCAUAAAAUACUGUACAUUUUCAUACACUACAUGCAUACAACAUAUAACAUAGGCUGUCCCAGACUCAUACAUCAGCACAGCAGUUCCAAUAGGCUUGCUCAAGACAGACCAGUCCAUGCUGUAAUGUGACCACUGGGCAUCUUUUUCUCUCAAGGUGCUGGGAAGCAUUGUGAUGGAAGGUGUUAAGUGUACUGAAGGAUCAGACACUGUGUUUCAACAACAGCACUAAAACAUUUUUCAUCUUUAAAGUUGAAACAUUUCGGGGUCCAAGUGCCUGAAGUGGAUGUAAGAAAGAUGCUGUAUGCAGCAUUUUCACCUGCAGUGGUUGUUUGCUACUUCUAUAUUAAACACAAUUGGGGAACAGAGGAGUGGCACUCAGGAAAAGAGGCCUAGUGGACACACAUCCUAACUGUGAUGAAUUUUUGAUGCAGCUGUACCUACAUUAAUCACUUUGUUCAAACCAGAACAGCUUACAAUAACCAAUUUGUGCAUCAGUGAAGCACUCUGUUAAGAAAGAGAAGAAAGAGAGAGAAAUCAUAUUUUCUAUAUUAAUGUACAUGACAAAUAUCCAGUAUGAGCAUUGUCUGAAACAAAAGUAAUUUGUAAAUCACAGCUUUUGUUGAUAAAUGUUGUAGGGGUUAGUACUGCUGCGCCACGCUAUUCGUGCAAGUUUCUGUAUAGUUUUACUCAUGAGUAAUAAUUUCCAGAAAAGUCCAGAACAGUUCAGAAGUGUAAAGGGAGGGAAUGUGCCUGUGAGUUGAGAGAGUGCUAAACUUUGUAUGACAACAGGCUUCAUGCUCGUAGACUUUACUCACAGGAGUUAAGUCAUGUACAUACCUAGGUAACAAAUCUGUGUGUAUAUGUGUGUGUGUGGGGGGAUGUUUGUGUGAGUGUGUGGGGAUGUUUGUGUGAGUGUGUGAGAGUGUAUGUGUGUGUGUGCCUGACUUUGUUUUUGCAUGCAAGCAAGUGAAAGUGUUAAACACAGAGGGAGAGAAAGGGAAAGAGUGAGAAAGAGCUUGUUCUCUGCCCCAGGUUCAGUGGAUGUGGUUGAGCUGUUUAUGCGUUUCUUUGAUGCCAUCCUAACAGCCCUCGGUCACAGAGGCAAUAACAGAGACUUUUGAACUUGAGAACACGCGCAGGAAAUGACGGCUUUCAUAAUACACCUUGGCCAAUUGACCGCUCAUUGGUGCCACAGUGAUUCUCCAGAGGAACAGCUGGGCUUUCUAAUGUCGGUCCCAGUCAAGAAGUCACACUGGCACCAGGCUGCCUUGCGUGAUAAAGAUAAUUACAGCGCUUUGCCACGUAGCUGGUUCAUGUGUGAAACGCGGGAUUAUUAAAGUGUUAAUACGAUGCCACCACACUUUUGGCAGGAUGAGGAAUCUUUCACUACCUGCUUUGCCUUUCGUGACUCCACGUGCCUGCUCUGGCUUAUUGCUGAAACACUGUACACUGUAGACGCACUGCACUGAAAACCACAAUGAAAACCAGCACAUUGUCACCACUCUAAGUAAGUUAGAAAGUUAUCCAUCUUUGUCUGGAAGUCUUUUAUGUGGUUUCAGCAGUGAUCAUGCCAUAGUGCCUUAGAGGUAUAAACACAAAAAAAUUUAACCUUAAUCAGUCAUGCUGUCAAGACUGUUAAUCAUCAAAAUGCCUUAAUGUUUUUCUCUUCUAUUUAAAGUAUAUUUUGACAUAUGUAUCUUAUAUUGAUUGUACUCUGAAGAGCAAAAUUUAAAUUGUUUAAAUAAAAUAUGAUGGAUAAAUGGGA